AUGGACAGUACUAACAGUCUUGCACAGCAAACUCGAUCUUUAAUUGAUCAUCUCAAAGUACGACAAAACAUGAUCUCAACUCAAUUAAAAACAAUUACAAACGAUUCAGUGGGCUCAUUAAAAAAAAGCAAAAGUGUUACAUUUUUUGAUGUUGAUGAUCAAUCUAAUAUGAGGGCGUAUACCGAUCAAUUAAAACCUCGUUCAAUUCUAAAGAAACAAGACACUACUAAUGAUGAGACAUGUCCACUUGAACCAUUUGUUGUUAACAUUCCUGAAAAUAUCUCACGUAUUGAUAUUGAUCAGUAUUUAAGAAAUGUUCAAGAUCAACGACGAAAAGGACUUAAUUAUUCAUACAAUACAGAUGAUGAAGAAGCAUAUACUGAUGAAGAAAUAGAAGAACAAAAAAAUGAAUCUCAUGAAAUUAUACAAAAACCAAUUGAACCUUGGGAUGAGUUGAAACAUUGGCGUUCUUUAUUCGAUGAAGGCAACGAUCGAGACAUUUACAAUAAUACAUUACGAACAUCAACUAAUGAACAACAAGUUUGGACAACCGAUAAUGUUGAGCAAAUUAAAAAACGUAUUCAUGAACGACAAAAUAUGUCAUUAAAACAGCAACGAAAAAAUACCAGUGCAUCGCCGAAAAAACAUCAACAACAAACAUCAUUUCAUAAUCGUCAAAAAGUUUUACUUGGCUAUGAUGUUGUUGCUGGCUUACUUGAUAAUGAAAAAUCAUUAUUGAAUUCUGAAAAUACUCUAUCGGAAUCAUAUUUAGAUGAAUUAGUAUCAUUUCGAAAGAAUAAUUUAGAUUCAACAGCAUCAUAUUCUAUGUCAAAUGAUGCGGAUUUAACUGAUUUUUCAAAAGAACUCGAACUUGUACCACCGGAUGGUGACCAACAUUCUCAUACUUGUAUACACAGUUAUACGAUUAAUGAUCGACUUUUUACUGUUCCAACUAAUCCGGACGCUAAUGGACAAAGUCGUUGUCCGAUAUGUGCAUCAUUACGUAAAGAACCUAACGCUUAUGAACCUCAAUAUGCACGUGUUAGCGUUCCAAAGUAUCGUGUGAAUAGAAAUGCAUAUAAUUUCCGUCCACCAAAACGUGGCAAUCUAUCAGAUCUGUCGGUUGAUAGUGUUGCUCUUGCUAAUCAUUGUUUAGCUGGCUUUAAUACAGCUCGUAUUGCACCUUUGGAUAAAUCGGCUAAAAGUCUUGAUUUACGCACUGAAUCAGGUACACAAUUAGAAUUAACAAAAAUGUCAUUAGAAGACGCUCAACGUCUUGGUUCAAAUCAUGAUAUGUGUGAAACUGAUCUUCGUCGUCGUAGUACAGCGCUACGUUAUCAUAUGAAUACAUUAUUUCAAGAACGUUUAAGACGUUUACGCAAAACAACCAAUGGGGCUGAUAACAAUGCUAGUAUUAUCUCACAAAUUGAUAUGACAUCGAAAAAUCAAAAAAGAAAUGAAACGAAGUCAUUAGCAUUAGUUCUUGCAUUAUUAAACUUAACGAAUACUUGA